GAACAGUUCCAUUGUCAAGUAUCUAUUACUUCAAACCAUUCCAACCCAAACAAGCCACAAUGACCCAGAAGACCGUUUUCCAAGGCGACGAAAAGUCGGAAGCCCACGUCUCCGUAGCCUCGUCCGUCUACUCCGAGAAGCAAGGGGCAUCCUGCACCGUGCAUGGGCCGUCCCAGACGCCUCAUCUAGACCGUCAGCUUCAACAGCCCCAAACCAAAGAGAUCCUGCAGGCACUAACGGUGGCUCUCAAUGAUAUUGCGGAUGAGCGCCAGUGCACCAAAUGUGCGGUGGAAACCGCUUCGGGACUCUUGACGGGGUAUGUCCGUGAGGUGAAAGCGGCCAAGAAGAGUGGCCAAUAUUCCAAGGAGGAGAGGAAGGCGCUGAAGAAGGAAAUUAAGGGUUUGGGUAGGGGGGUCAAACGCGACGUUAAAGCGCUGUGGUUGGAAGAGAAAUAGGUCUUGACUUGUAAUUAGAUGUCAUGGCUUUUGUGUGUUAUUGGAGUCGGGGCGUGUUUGUGAAGUGAUUAAUGUGUUUUCUUUCACUGUUUAUCUUUCGGAGGAUUGAAUUCCUUACUUGGGUUUCA